UGUUUGACAUUUUGACGUGGAAUAAAAACUGGGCACGAUUUAUAAGGCCCGACACGACAACGAAACGAAACCAAUCAUUCCAGUGAAAAUUUUCGAACUGUUGGCAGUUUCUAUUAAAUUAAAAAAAAACAUGGACAAAGUUGUUAAGUUCGCUGAACCAGGUCGCGCUUUCGCCAAGGACUCCAUCCGUCUCGUAAAACGCUGCACUAAGCCGGACCGCAAGGAGUUCCAGAAGAUCGCCAUUGCUACCGCAAUUGGCUUCUGCAUCAUGGGCUUCAUUGGCUUUUUCGUCAAGCUGAUACACAUCCCCAUCAACAACAUCAUUGUGGGAUCGUAAAUGGAGCAGAUGGCGAGGGACCAGAACAAUAACAAUCAUCAAUACUAGCAUACAUCAAAUAGAUUUUUUUCUUUAACAACUGGCAUUACACUAUAUACAGAAACCUAUGUGCAUUCAGCGAAUGUCUUUUCUGCUUUCCCCCUUUUCAUGUGUAUGUGAAAGCGUAUUGAAAGGAUUUCAAAUUUCAUUCAUGAUUCUAUAUUUAAAGAAAUGAUCGAUCGCGUUAGCAAUAAGAACCAAUUGUAAAAAGAAAUGGGUGACAUUUUUCCAUAGCUUUCUUUUGGGCGUGCCCGUACCCGCUUAUUAUUAAAUGCGAGACACAUUUGCCACUA